AUGGCUCCACAUGAGAAUCACACGGUUGGCAUAAUCUGCGCAAAUGGCUUCGAGAUGAGCGCCGUUCAGUACAUGCUUGACAAUAAACACACUCGCCUAUUCGGGAAAGACGGCAGCGAUCCAAAUAUAUACAUCUCUGGCGAACUCAGCGGCCACAAUGUAAUUCUUGCCUGUCUUGCUGGGGUCCAAGGCAAGGGGGCCGCCGCCACUGUCGCGACGAAUAUGGCCCGCUCCUUCCCUUCCAUCAAAUGGCGUUUUCUAGUUGGCAUCGGAGGAGGUGUACCGAGCAGCAGACAUGACAUUCGCCUUGGUGAUGUCGUUGUCAGCAUGCCGGAGGGGCAAUAUGGUGGCGUCGUUCAGUACGAUUUGAUAAAAGAUGAGGAUGAUGGCUUCCGAUUGAAGGGCUUCUUGUGCGCACCACCCACUCUGUUGAGAAAUGCCGUCGAAAUUAUGCGAUCCGAUCAUUUCGAACAAGAGAACAAGAUUGGGGAGUACUUGUCGAUUAUGUUGAAGAAAGGCCCUCGCUUUAGUAUCUACGCCAGGCCGGCAGCCCAUACCGAUAUUCUUUUCGAUGAGGAGUACGCCCAUGCUUCUGGUUGCUCAACUUGCGGCGGCUGCGACAAGACAAAGGUCGUUUCGAGACCGCCCCGCGAAGGUCCUGAAAUCCACUACGGAUUGAUCGCAUCGGGCGACAGCGUGAUGAAGAGUGCGACGAAGCGGAACGAAAAAGUUCACAACCUAGGCGACGUUCUUUGUUUCGAUAUGGAAGCCGCUGGGUUGAUGACUGAAUACUCGUGCAUUGUGAUACGAGGCGUAUCAGACUAUGCCGACUCGCACAAGAACGACGACUGGCAGCACUAUGCGGCAGCAGCCGCAGCCGCAUGCGCAAAAGAGCUACUGUCGUACGUUGAUCCCGAAACUAGUUCUAGUAAGACGGUUGGAUCUUCACGAACCGAGUCAACAGCACACAAUCAGCGAGGGGUGAGAAUGAUCCUUCAUGGUCAGGGUAUACAAUCCACGGGCUCCUUCUCUGUUGGGAGAGAUUUGAUUAUGGAAUAG